AUGCGAGUAAAAUAUAGGAAAAAUCGCGUUACGGAAAUAUCCGUUUUACCUAUAUCAGAAUAUAAACGGCAUACUAGAAGUGUUACUAAGCAACUUGAAAUUGAAAAUGCCAUUCGAAGCAUCCAACAAAGUCAAAAAGCGCAUAGGGAAAAAUUAAAUGCAAUUGAUACGGAAAAUAAAAACGGUGGCCAAGCUCAAGACAUAAUUCAUACUAAUAUAGGUGAGCUAUCACCAAAAUUAAAAAAUUCUACAUCAUUUUCAUGCAUAUCAAUUAUUGAUAUAAAGCCAGUAUCUAGUCACCAGAAUAUAAAUAGAAAUUUCGAAGACGAUUGUGAUUCACUGAAAAUGGAGCAAGUAUCAACGAUUAAAACUAUCCUUUUGCUUUUGCCUCCUGAUGCAAAGUGGAAUGAUUUUGAUAAUAUAAAUAAUCAAUUUUAUAUUUUUGAUUUACUUGACCAACAAAAUAGUUUAGGUAAAGUAUAUAAAGCGACAACUCAAGUCAAAAUAAAAUUGAAAUGCAAUUUAGAGGAAAGUAUUAGAGAAUAUUUACAAAAACAACUAUUGCAUAUCGAAGAUGCAGUCAAACUAGGUAGUAUCAAAGAGAAUCCAUCAGAAGUAAAGACAGAACAAAAAGCAAAAAAUAUAUCAAAAUCACACUUUAUUGACAAAAGUACUGUUGAACCCGAUAACAUUAAUGAUAUUGAUACAUCUCCUGCUACAAUAUCUUCCAUUGGAGAUAGUUUAAACACCAAUAAUGUAAGCACAACCAAAGAUGCUGAUGAAUCUAUUGAAUAUAUGAAUUUAUCUGAAGAUAAUAACUUAUUAAAGCAUGAAUUCUUCAAGCAAAACUUGCCUAUUUCACCAGCUUCUAGUGCUAAUUUGAAUACAAAGGUAUUGGAACAAAAAUCAAAUGCUGCUUAUGUAUCAGCUUUCGAAACCAAUUCGAAAAUAGGAUUUUCAGAUUUAUAUAAUAAUCAUUUGGACAUUAUAGGUACAAUUCCUUGCGUACAAAAGAGUCUCAUUAAUAAUAAUGUAGGAAUAGUAGACAAACAAAAUUCUACUAACGUUUACGAAAUUUUAUUUUCUUCAUUAUUUAAUAGUUCAUCAUACAGUAUAAAUAAAAAUAAUACGCAAAUAGAAAAUAUUGGAUUAAUCUUUGACGAUACGCUGCUAAUUUUAUCUCUUAAGGAGUUCAGUAGAAACGAAAUCAAAUCUCACAUGUGUAAUAAUAAUAGAAACACUAGCAUUGUUUACAGAGCUCUAUUUUCUGCAUCUGCAACUAUUGUUUUACAUGCGGAAAAUAGCAAAAGUGUAUUCGAAAAGAAUAUUGAAUUAGGGUCCAAAAUAUUUUCUACCUUUUGUUCCUCUAUACUCUCGAACAAGAGCUUUAUAAAAAUAGACGAACUGUAUAGAUCCGAUGAUGAUCUUUUAGCUCUUGAUGAGGCAAGAAAUGAAAAUAUUGAUCCAAAAAUGCAUAAGUGUAUCUCUAAUAUAUCAGAUGAUCGAGCUAAUGGUGAAGUUACGCAAGAUGUUCCGAAUUUGGGUGUUCAUUUUGAAUCCUGUGCAAGUGAUAAAAGUACUCAAAAUAUUACAGAAAUAAUGCAGGAGAUGAAGUUGAAUGUAUCUAUUAAUAAUUUACAAACAUCCUGCGAUAAUGAAAAUGCAGUUACGAAAAUAAAAUACUGCAAUUCUCCCUUAAGAAUUCCAUACGCCAACCCGUCAGAUAGUGUAGAAUUUUGGAAGAAUAUAGAAAUAAUUGAAAAUAAUACUUUUGAAUUUAAUGACAAAUUGAAUUCUAAAUAUGAUUUAGAAGUUUAUAAUCACUAUGGUAAGCUCUCGUUGAAUACUAAGCCUAUCAGCAAUCAGUCAUUACCAAAAAGUAAAAAUAUUGAUAAGGCGAAUAAAUUACAUUGCAAUGCGACAAACGAAUCAAUCAAGAGAAAAUUAUCUACAGAAACGGAUUUAAAUUAUCCAAAUAAGAAACAAAAGAAUAUACAUAACGACAUUGAUGAAUUAAAAGAUAGCCUAGAAUAUGAUAAAAGCUUACUAAAACUGAAUACAAAACUUGACUUAGCCGAAUCGCCUUUCACAGACCAAGUCAAGAAUAAUACAGAAGACAAUAUUAUUAGUGAAAAUCAUCAAAUCAAUUUAAAUGUAGAAAACAAAAUACCUUUGAAAAAGGAUGACAAAAGAAAAAAGCUCAAAAGGCAUUCUGAUAAAUCUGACAAAACAAAGAACGUUGAAAUAAAUCUUGAACGUGUAAAGAAUAAGCAUAAAUCAUAUUCUGAGAAAAAAACCAAAUUCGCAAAUGAAAUCAAUGCAACAAGCAAUGAAAAUUGGUCUUUUAACAAAUACGUUCCUGCUGAAAGUACUGUUCAAACUGACGGAAAUUAUAAAAAUGAUAGUAUUUGUACGAAUGGCAAUGAGUAUAUAAUUAGAGAAAAACGUAAGAAACGUUACAAAGAAAAACAUCAGGAAAAAUCACACAAAAAUUCUUCAGAAACUGAUGAUAUUAAUAAAACCAAUACAAUGAAGAAAAAUAAAAAUGUAGACUUUAGAAAGGAAUUACGUGGUUUAAUAAAGAAAACAGCAAGAAAUCCGGAAUUUCAGAAUAGUAGUGACUCGAAAUCAAAUUGUAUAGAAGAUGAGAAGAAAAAUGUUUCUAAUAUGACUAAAACAAUAAGUAGCAAACCUCAUAUUAAUAAAACAUUAGAGAAAUCAAACCGUCAGAAAGUUCCGCGUAUUACUAGGCAAGUUGACUUUUUGUCUAUGAGUUCUAAACGGGAUACAGAUAACAGCACUUCACCAAAAUCAAUUGCUGAUGAUGAUGUCGUAAAAGAUAGAAAGUUCCUAAAAUAUUUUAAAAUACCUCAGAAAAGUAGUGACUUGAAAUCAAAUUGUAUGGAAGAUGAGAAGGCAAAUGUUCCUAAUAUGACUAAAACAAUAAAUAGCAAACCGCAUAUUAAUAAAACAUUAGAGAAAUCAAACCGUACGAAAGUUCCUCGUAUUAUUAGGGAAGUUGACUUUUUGUCUAUGAGUUCUAACCAGGAUACAGAUAAUAGCACUUCGCCAAAAUCAAUUGCUGAUGAUGAUGUCGUAAAAGAUAGAAAGUUCCUAAAAUAUUUUAAAAUACCUCAGAAAAGUAGUGACAUAAAAUCAAAUUGUAUGGAAGAUGAGAAGAAAAAUGUUCCUAAUAUGACUAAAACAAUAAGUAGGAAACCUCAUAUUAAUAAAACAUUAGAGAAAUCAAACCGCCCGAAAGUUUCUCGUAUUAUUAGGGAAGUUGAUUUUUAUCUAUGA